GCCACCAGUAUCGGUAGCCACCCGGUAUCAUCGGCCCCCACGGUGGCCCCACUGGAUCCCCGUCACGGUCCCGUCCGUCCGACCACGGAGCCCGUCCAGGGUCGAGGUCACGGCCCGUUCACGGGUAUAUAGACGGGGACUCGGUCGGACCGAUAGCACACACGGCCGGACCGUCCCACAACAGAUUCCAACCACAGAGAGACAACAUGGCGUUCACAUUUGUGAUGGCGGCUUCUCUGGCCGCCCUUGUUUCGGCCUCGUCUCCCUACCAGCCCCAGCCUGCCUACGGGCAUCAGCAGCCUGCUUACGGCCACCAGCAGCCUGCCUACGGACACCAGCCUGCCUACCCUGCCUGUCCUCACUACCCUGAGGACCCGGCCUGCAGCAAGAACAGCACCGACCCCUGGUGUCUCGAGGACUCCGAGUACCCCGAGUACGAGAUCAAGCACGCCAUCAGCUACAACAAACACAAGGUGCUGGAGCUGUACGCGGACGUGGCCGACCUCAACACCGAAAACUCGGUCGAGAGGCUGACUGAGAUUGAGGAGGAGACGUACCUGUGCCCGUCCGAGGUGGGCUACGUCCGUCCGCUGAGGGCCGUCAACACCGACGGCAAGUGGAGGGUCAUCGUCAACAACAUCAAGGUCGACUACGAGACGUUCACCCAGACGACGCGCAUCGAGAAGUGUCUGUCGGCCGGAGAGGCCUGUCCGCUGGUGCCGCAGUGCUACGAGUCCAGCUGCCUCCAGAAGUCCGUCUACCACAGGUUCCUGGUGUACGACCCGUGCGACCAGUACUUCCCCUUCGCCAUCGAGACCUUCCAGCUUCCCGCCUCGUGCGCCUGCUCCCUGGGAGCUUACGAAAUCUCCCACUAGAUGGCAGCGGCGACUACAGGCCUCUCGAUAACACAAUAUCGACUGUAGGCACCGUCAAUGACUCCCUUGUGAUUGGAUUGUAACUUAUUUCGAGAGCUUCUGUAUUUAUUAUCGCAAGAUGCUUGUAGAAAUGUACGGCGAUGAGCAUACUAGUUAGGAGCUGUAUUUUUAUAGUUCUUGGUGUGAGUUGGUGUUCUUGAUCUCGUGCUGGCGGCGCGGCGGCAGUCUCUGGGGGGAGAUUUUUACCAUCUGCGACUGGCCAUGCAGUUUUACGGAACAUCGAACUCAAUAAAACGUGUUGCGAAUAUCAAUUAUUCAUGAUUUAAUAUGUUUCUGUGAUGAUUUUGUAAAUAUGUGAGAUCGUGUCAGCAAGUAAUAAAUUGACAUUGCCCAUGUA